UUGCACUCAUUAUUAACAUAAAAGUAGCAUAGUACAUAGAUUUUUCUCAAUUUAGGUGGAAUAUCACAUCUGCUUUACAUAUUGCUCAAGAAUCGGUCGCAGUUCAAGCACAGGAAGUCUAUGGUGGCUGCACUAUUUUUGCUCAGGGCUCAUUUUCACUAAAGGAGUGUCUCCUAUUUCUCAACCGGCUCCGGUGGGGGGAGGGAUUAAACAUAGGCCUACGGCUCCACACGGACUCGAGACAAACAAAAGAACUUUAACGCCAAAUCCCACCAAAAUUUCACCACAUCCACAGCUAAGCGACAUUCAUAUGCCAUUUCGCAGCGGCUCUGCGCAGAGCAAGCAGGUUUUUUGAGCGAGUUAGGCCUAGUUCUCUCUCUCCCUCUCCUAUGUGCUCUUUCCCGCACUCACUGCUGAUCCUGCCAGUGCCGAACAAAGGUAAUUACUCAGGAAGCGCUGCGGCCAAUCAGAGGAGGCCUUACAUCCUGCUAGUGGGAGGGCAGCCAGUCACGGCCCUGCUCUGAUCAGACAGGCCUGAGCUCUGAGAGUGGAGAGGAGAGCCCUCCCUAGGCUGAGGCUGUCCUCCAUGUUUUAUAAGCAUUGACAUUACACUGUUUCAGCCAUGCAUCCACAGAGUUUGGCUGUGGAGGAAAUAAAGACUGAGUCUGAUGCGGUUGAUGGGAUGGAGGUGUCCAUGCCACCCAAAGCGGUCCCUGAUCUAGGAUCAGCGGAGCAGGCACCGGCUGCGCCGAAGAGGAAAGCACCCAGUCCUCCACAUUCCUCAAACGGACACUCUCCCUCGGACACGUCACCCAGUCCCACAAAGAAGAAGAAGAAACCGGGAUUAGUCAACAAUAAAGACCAAUGUGAGCUAAGACAUGGGCCCUUUUACUAUGUCAAGCAGCCCGCACUCACCACAGACCCUGGUUAUGUUGUACCGCAGGACGGGCGGAAUGACUUCUACUGCUGGGUGUGUCACCGCGAGGGCCAGGUGCUCUGCUGUGAGCUCUGCCCGCGCGUCUACCACGCCAAGUGCCUCAAACUGGCCGCAGAGCCUGAGGGCGACUGGUUCUGUCCAGAGUGCGAGAAAAUAACGGUGGCUGAGUGCAUAGAGACUCAGAGUAAAGCUAUGACCAUGCUGAACCUGGAACAGCUGUCCUACCUGCUGAAGUUCGCUUUGCAGAAAAUGAAACAGCCAGGGACCGAACCGUUUCAGAAGCCAGUGUCACUAGAACAGCACCCGGAUUAUGCCGAGUAUAUAUUUCACCCCAUGGACCUGUGCACUCUAGAGAAGAAUAUCAAGAAGAAAAUGUAUGGUUGCACAGAAGCAUUUUUGGCUGACAUGAAGUGGAUUCUACACAACUGUAUCAUAUAUAAUGGAGGAAACCAUAAGCUAACGGCAACUGCUAAAGUUAUUGUCAAGAUCUGUGAACAUGAGAUGAAUGAAAUUGAGGUUUGUCCAGAGUGCUACCUGUCUGCCUGUCAGAAGAGGGACAACUGGUUCUGUGAACCUUGUUCUCAGCCUCAUCCUUUAGUGUGGGCCAAACUGAAAGGUUUUCCCUUCUGGCCCGCUAAAGCCCUGAGGGACAAGGACGGUCAGGUGGACGCACGGUUCUUUGGCCAGCAUGACAGAGCCUGGGUGCCCAUAAACAACUGUUACCUCAUGUCUAAGGAGAUCCCCUUCUCUGUGAAGAAGACCAAAAGCAUCUUCAACAGCGCCAUGCAAGAAAUGGAGGUCUACGUGGAAAACGUGCGCAAGAAAUACGGCGUGUUCAACUACGCCCCAUUCCGGACACCUUUCACACCCAACAACCAGUUCCAAAUGCUGCAGGACCCUAAUAACCCUAAAAAAGGCACGGUGAAGCCUGAGAAACCGGACAAAGUCAAGUUCAGCUUCGACAUGACCGCAUCCCCCAAGAUGCUCUUGAGUAAGUCAGGAGGGGCGGGGCAGCGGAUCUCUGUGACAGACGUACCCAGAUCACCAAUGAGUACCAACUCUUCAGUCCACACGGGGUCAGACCUCGAGCAGGACGAACGAGGGGCGAGAGUGUCAUCGAGUCACUAUAGCGGCGGUGAAGACUCAAUGGAUUAUACAGCGUCUCCUGCGUCUCUAAAGACAAGCAACAGCCCCAAGCCUCUCCUGCCCACGCCGGUUAAACAGGAAAGGAGUUCAGGCACGGGAGGCAUACUUAACCUCAAUCUGGAUCGCAUUAAAGCUGAAAUGGACCUGAAGGAGUUGAGUGAGACUGUACAACAACAACAGCAGCAACAGCAGCAGCAAGGGACCUCGAUUCUCCUCACCUCUCCCAAAAAACCUACUAGGAGUUUGGAUAAAACUAUAGAGAGCUGCAAAGCUCAGCUGGGGAUCAAUGAGAUCUCAGAUGAUGUGUAUCGCGGUGUUGAGCACAGUGACUCGGACGACUCGGACAAAUCUGACUCCAGCGACAGCGAAUACAUGUCUGAGGAUGAACAGAAGCCUAAGAACAAUAACCACAACAACAGUGUCCACAAAGACUCCAAAAAGAGACCCAGACCUCCAUCCGCUCAAGGACAAGACCAAGACGCUGCCCCAUCAACAGCUGGAGGAACACCAGGUGUAGACAAGAAAUCCUCAGAUCCCCAGACCAAAGAGAAGUUAAGCAGUGGCGUGGAGAAAGACUCCCAGGAGAAGAGCAAACCGCUGCAGCAGACCCAGAAGGAGAGGUCACAGCCUGGGCAGGACGCUCGGCCUGCUGGAUCAGAGCUGGAUGUAGACUCUGACUCCGAGCGGGAGCUGGUGAUUGACCUCGGUGAAGAACAAGGUGGGAGGGAAAAGAAGAAAGCCAAGCGAGAGACCCCAUCAGCCCCCAUCUCCACAACUAAAGAUCAGACAGGCAUUAAAACAGAUGGUAAAACUUCUGCAUCUACCAGCAUAUCAGCUCCUUCAUCCACAGAUAACACUUCAUCUUCCUUCAAUCCCGGUCCAAAAGAUGCAGCCGCAUCAGCCAUCAAGCCUCCAGCCACCGUCGCAACUGCAUCUACCACUCAAGCCACCUCCACCUCGGCUGUUCAACCCAUGUCUGCUGUCCCAGUCGCUUCCAAUGGGGUGAAAAAACAGCGCCCUCUGCUGCCUAAGGAGAGCACACAGCCGGCCCAGCGGCCUGCGGCGUGGAAUCCAGCUGGUGCUAAAUUUCAGACGUCGUCUCAGAAGAUGCAGAGACAGCAACAACAAGGUGAGACGGUUCCUCAGAGCCAAGCGCAGCCCCAGACCUCAGCCAACAACUCCAGCACACGCUACCAGACCAGACAGUCCGUCAAAGCUGUUCAACACAAAGACACCUCACCUGUUAACGUGGGCUCUGGUGCGUCCACUUCCAGUCUGGCUGGAGACUUCCUCACCCCUCCGGCCUCUGCUGAUGUCGCCGCUGAUAUCGCCAAGUACACCACUAAGGUGAUGGACGUGAUCAAGGGAACAAUGACAGAGAUCUACAAUGAUCUCUCUAAGAGCACGACGGGGAACACCAUUGCAGAGAUCCGGCGGUUGAGGAUUGAGAUUGAGAAACUCCAGUGGUUGCAUCAGCAGGAGCUGUCAGAGAUGAAACAUAACCUCGAGCUGACCAUGGCUGAAAUGAGGCAGAGUCUGGAGCAGGAGAGAGAGCGGCUGGUGUCAGAGGUGAAGAAACAGAUGGAGAUGGAGAAACAGCAGGCGGUGGACGAGACCAAGAAGAAGCAGUGGUGUGCCAACUGCAAGAAAGAGGCCAUUUUCUACUGCUGCUGGAACACAAGUUACUGCGACUACCCCUGCCAGCAGGCACACUGGCCCGAACACAUGAAAUCCUGCACACAGUCAGCCACGGCAUCUCAGCAGGAAACUGAAGCAGAAGCCAGUUCAGAAUCAGCCGGAAAACCUGUAGGACAGUCCCCUAAAACCCAACCUUCACCAACCGGAGAAAGAACAUCACCCGCAAACCGAGGAGCCUCCCCUUCCUCGGACAGCACUAAAGGCAGCUCCUCCGUGGCCGUCUCAUAACCCGAGUGUGAAAUCUUUUUAUCAUCAGAACGGUGCCAUUCAAAGAGAGUCAGAUGUUCACACCAAAGGACCUUGACUCAUUUCGUACAGACUGUUCCUUGUUCAGUGUGAUCAUGACAUGGUGUCACUUCCUGUUCACUACAUCCAACACAACAUUAGGGUAAUGCCUAUAAACAUUUGAUUCAUUUCUACGUACAUUUCGUAUUUGAAUUUGUGACUUGUUUAGUACAAAGACAGAAACACCCUUUGAUAUAAAAUAUGCAGCUGUAAAACUGUUGUCCUUUUUUUUUAUACAUAUCAACUUUUGUAAACUUCAACAAAUGUGUUUGAUCAAUAUAAUUUUUUUUUCUCUAAAUGUGAAAGAUGCACUUAGAAGUGCCUCCGAAAGAGUAAGUUCAUUUUAUCAAAUGAAGAGCGUGUUUGUACAAGGUCAAAAACUUAUGGAAUAUGAUUGUUAGUACUAAUGGAUUGUCACUACGUUUUGGGGGGGGGGGGCGGUCAAAGAUUUAAUUCUUUAAUAUCUUUCACUUAUGAAAGGCUUCUUGACAAAGAAAUAAACAAAAACAAGCAAAAGUCUAGAGGAGUAAAAGAAAAGAUUAUACUUAUUGUGGGCAUGUUUCUUUUUUUCUCUUGUCUUGUGGACUCUCUUGUUUACAUACUGUAAAUACAAAAGAAUAAGCAGAGAUGAUAUCUGUAAGAAAAAUAAAGUCUUCAUGAGACAAA